GGCUGUGUUUCCCAAAAGCAGCGUAAGCCUACGUUGAUCGUAGCUCCAUUGGAAACUGGGCGGUCAAGUUACAUUUUAAGGAUUUGUAUUGAGUACUACAUUGAUAUCCAAGAAUGACAGAUAUUGCUUUAUAUUAGGAGGGGAUAUUUGUAAAGUAAUAUAAAAAGGUUGCACAAUAAGUUGCAUUUUUGCAAUGAUGGGUCAAAACAGUUUGUUUGAUUCUUUGUGAAAUAAUUCUAAAUAUUUCUGCAAAUACAAUGACUUUCGUAAUUACAAAUCAGUAAAACAGAGAUCAAGUCUUCGAUUUAAAUAUCAAUGACAUGAUAUUUUUAUAGGAACUAUCGAUCUUUGGUGAUAUUUUCCGCCCGGACAAUAAUAACAGAAGAACAAAGAUGGCGACGUCCUUGCUUAGGUUAGGUCGACUUGGGUCUCCUAAGUGUCUCCUGCGUGAAAUCUGGGGCACACAGAAGAAGAGCCCGUUUGUUGCAGCAUUGUGCACUAAAGCGGACGCCCCUCCCAAAACAGUAAAGAAGCCAAAGGCUACAACUAAGACCAAAGAGGCCGACGAGAGAGCCUCUCUUCUAGCCUACAAGCCUGCAGUUGCCUUCCCUUCUAAGCUGUCUGCCACUGGAUUUCUUCCCAAAGACAUGGCUUUAGAUGAGUCUGAUUCUACUGCAAAAGUUGUGAUAACUGAGACGGUGGUGGCCACAUCUGACACAACAGAACAGCAACUUCUGACAUCCCAGUCUAUUACUGAAGCCAAAGAACAUUUCACUAAGGAAACAGAAGUUUCUGAAGCUAUUUCUACAGGCAAUGUUGAGAUCACUGAAGGCCACCCUGCUUAUAAGGUCUGUGCAGCAAGUAACGAAAGUAAGGCCUCUGAUGUUAAGGCAGAAGUACAGCAAGAUCAGGAGGAUACUUCUUCCUCAUCCUCAUCCUCAAGUGAUUCUGAGUCUGACUCUGAUUCUGAUGAUGAGAAACCAAAGAUUGAAACGGUGGUCAAAUCUGAAGUUAAAGCAGCAGAGGAAGUUCUCACAAGUAAACGAGUACAUGUUGCAGAAAAUUUUGUAGAGUCUGAAUCAGUUAUUGCACCUAGUGGCUCAUUGGAAGAAGAAUCCAAAAAAUAUGCUCAAGCUAAGGAAAAACCUGAAGGAGUGCCUACCACAAGCACUGAAACAGUUGGCUCGGUGGAGACCCUUAUUGACACUGCCCCUGUAAUAUCCUCCUCCAUGAUGGAAACAAUUCCUGAAGUUAGCGCAGAAUCCAUCGAUGUCUCCCCAGAUGAGAUGGUGGACAGUGCUGCAGAAGUAAGAACAGCUCCUACUGAAAAUAUUGUUGAAAAUGAAUCAGAAACCAAAGCUAAGGUUGCGGAUGAAGAGGAACAACAGCCUGCUAGUGUCAAUACUUUUCCUAAAGUCAUUCCAGAGGUUACCGUAGUAUGCAGACUUCAAGAAGUAGACAAUAUAACUGUUGAAUCUAGAGUAGCUGCAAAGUGUUCUGGAGAAGAUGUUUCUGAGUCUGUUAAAGACAUUGUGACUAAACAUGAACGUGAGGCUGCAUCAGAGAUGGUGGCUAAAGAUAUUAAUGCAACAGAUGUUGAGACGGCCUUUUCAGAAGAUCUUAAAGAUCCUGCACCUCUGGCUGCUGAUGCUGUGGCUGCUCAGUCCCUGUCUGAGACCGAAGCUAUGGAAGCACCUGAGGAACAAGCAUUGGAGAAAGCGGCAGAGCCAGAGCCUGAACCCUUUGAUAACACAACAUACAAGAACCUGCAGCACCACGACUACAACAUGUACACCUUUGCUGAUAUGGAUGUAGAGAUGGCUAAACAUCGUCUGUCCCAGCCUUCCUCAGGCAGACCCUCACCCAUGCAUUGAGCCACUCUCUUGCUAUCUUGAUCCACAAUCUUGUUUCUUGCUUGUGUUUCUUUAUUCUUUAGAUAGCAUAUUGACAAAUCCUAAACUUUAUGCCAGAAUUCUUUAAUUAAAAUAUAUGAUUUAACUUCA